AUGCCCAGAACCUCAGCCCUGCGCAGGCGUUUGGUGUCCUGCUUCCCAUGCUGGAGCACCCCUUGGUGCGACCUGCACCGGCUGGAGGAGCUGCACGACGACCAGCUGGAGCCUGGCUUCUUGCUGCGGGACCUGGCAGUGACCUACGUAGACACCAUCCACAGCGGGGCAAUACCCCACUUGGAAAGCACUGUGCUGGCCCUGGCGCAGGUGGAGAAUUCAGCAGUGGUGGAAGAGGCCCUGGCCUGGUGCAGGGCGGUGCUGAGGCCACAGUCAGCACUGCCCACAGAGGCACUGCUGGAGCUGCUGGCGCUGCAUGCAGAGGCCAAGUGUGAGGCCUUGCGGGUGUUCAUGGCACACACCUUCUGUGACAAGGUCCACCUCAAGGUCUUCCAGUGCCACCUCAAGGCGGUGAGUGUCCUGCAGAAGUUCCUGCAGUCCCAGGAUGCCGUGGCCAACACCAUCCUGCAGGCAGAUCAUAGCCUCAGCGAGCCCGACAAGGAGCUUUCAAGUGAAACCGCACCUGGCACCCCUGCCCCACCUGCUCCACACCCCAGCCUGGCCCUGACACAGCACCCGGUGCCCCCCAGAGCAGCGGGCAUGGGCGGAGGCAGCGGAGUGCAAGGCGGCAGCGUAGCGGGCAGCACAGGAGGUGGCCAAGCAGAGCGGCAGGAGGCUGAGCACAGCCAUGAGGAGCACAUGCGGCAGCUGAAGGCUCAGCUCGAGGCCGAGCACCAGCAGCUGCUGGACGAGCACUGGCAGGUGCUGGACCACAAGCUGCGGGAGCUGACGGAGUACAUCCAGGCCAAGGCGGUGCCCGGGGCUGGCCAGGGCCAAGUUCAUGCACUUCUUCCUGGCCUUCGUGUGGGCCGUGCAGGACUUCACACUGUAGUUGCAGCUGAACGGGCGGGACAUCACGGCAGACGAGUACCUGGAGCAUACACUGAGGCUGAGGCUGAGGCUGAGGCUGAGGCUGAGGCCAGGCCUGUGGGACCUGCGCAGGACAGUAGCUUUGCUGUCAUCCAGCUUUCAGCAAUGGCCUUGAACAUACCCAUGGAGCAGCCCCUGUGCUUGGUGGGGAAUGACACCGGCGGGGAGCUAACGGUGAACCCGAAUGCCCUGGAGAUCCUACGUGGCAUCACCCAGCCUGUGGUGGUGGUGACCAUUGCCAGGCUGUACCGCACUGGCAAGUCCUACCUCAUGAACCAGCUGGCCGGAAAGAGGACAGGCUUCUCCCUGGGCUCCACGGUGCAGUCGCACACCAAGGGCAUCUGGAUGUGGUGCAUGCCCCACCCCUGCCGGUGUGACCUCGUCCUGGUGCUGUUGGACAUAGAGGGGCUGGGCGACGUGGAGAGGGUGGGCGAGAGAGCUGGACAAGACAAAACCAUUGGUGACUUUUGCCAUCCCUCCACUUGGCUGAGCCACCCCUGGUGCCUUAUCCUCCCUCCCCAGGGUAACACAAAGAAUGACUGCUGGAUCUUCGCACUGGCUGUGCUUCUCAGCAGCCUGUUGGUCUACAACAGCAAAGGCACCGUCGACCAGUAUGCCAUGGAGCAGCUCCACUUCGUGUCCGAGCUGAUGGACCACAUCAAGGUCAAGGCCCAGGAAGGGGAUGGUGAGGGUGAUGACACAGAGUUCAUCCGCUUCUUUCCUGGCUUCAUCUGGGCUGUGCAGGAAUUCACCCUGCAGCUGAUAAGCAAUGGGCAGCCGGUGACAGAGGAUCAGUACUUGGAGAAUGCGCUCGCCCUGAAGCCCGGCAACAGCAAGAGGGUGAUGGAGUACAACCUGCCACACCAGUGCCUCUGCAGCUUCUUCCCAACCUGCAAGUGCUUCAUCUUUGUCCAGACAGUCCCCGCAAAGGAUAUCAGUCAACUUGAGUUGCUGCCUGAGAGCACCCUGGACCCACAGUUCCUGGUACAGACCUGCCACUUCUGCAACUAUGUCUUCCAAGAAGCCAAGGCCAAGACAGUCAAAGGAAGGCACUGUGUCAAUGGGCGAAUGUUCAGCUCCUUAGUCCAAAACUACGUGAAGACCAUCCGCAGUGGGAAGGUGCCCUGCAUUGACAAUACCGUCAUUGCCCUGGCCGCCACAGAGAACGAGGCUGUCAUCACGGCGGCCCUGGCUCAUUACGAGGCUGAGAUGAGGAAGCUGCAGUUGCCUGUGGAGCUGGACAAGCUGUUGGAGGCUCAUGGGAAAUGCGAAGAGGGAGCCCUGAAGCUUUUCAUGGAGCACUCCUUCAGGGACAGCGAGCAGCAAUACCAGAAGCAGCUUGUAGUCGGGAUAGCCGAACAGCGUGGAAACAUCCUGGCUCAAAAUGAAGAUGUUUCCAAGGAGAUCUGCCUGGCCCUGCUGGAGGAGCUCCCAGCCCCCAUGAAGAAGAACCUCAGUGAUGGAGUUUACUCACGACCUGGUGGUUAUGGGGUCUACAAGGCAGACCUGAGCCAGGUGGUGGAGGGUUACUGGGGAAAACCCAACAAAGGGGUCAAGGCAGAGGAGGUCCUGGAUCAGUUCCUGGCCAAGAUGCAGCCAGAGGCGGCGGCAGUGCUGAAGGUGGACACCAAGCUGACGGAGGCAGAGAAGCACAUUGUGGAUGAGAAGCAGAAAGCCGAGGUGUGGAGCAGCAGACGAAGGCAACGGAGGAGAAGAGGAUGCAGAUGGAUGACCAAGAGGAUGCUGAUGAAAGACCAAGAGCGCAGCUACGAGGAGAACCUGAAACAGCUGAAAGCCAAGAUGAAGGACGAGGCAGAGAGAGUUAGGAAGGAGGCCGCACAGGUCUUGGAGUACAGGCUGAAGGAGCAAGAGGCAAUACUGAGUAAGGGCUUUACUAAGCAAAUGGAGCUGAUGCAGGAGGAGAUUGAAGAAAGGGAUGAAGUCCAUAGAUGUGACAGGUCUGCUCUCAGGUAUCUUCACCACCAUCGGGGAAGGCCUGAGAGCCAUCAAUGGCAUCGCAAGUCUCACUAAAUUCCGGCAGACGGCCCAGCCAAAACACAAGUAGCUGUGCCUCUGCUGGAAAAGGCUGGCUUCCUGCCUGCUGGCGCUUCAGGGAACAACCCCUGCCUGCAGCUUAAAGCUUCUGCUUAGCCAUGCGAGCUUCAGGAAGGCGUGAUCCACCAGCUGUGAAAUACUGGCCCAGUGAUGCAAGAUCCCUAGAUUCUGGCUCUGGGAGGGCAGUGGGAUCUGGUGGGUUUGGCUGAGGGGGACCUCUGGUUUCUCUCUGUGGACCUGCCUCAGUGGCUGUGAGGAGGAGAUGUGUGGACCUGUGGCACCUGAAGCAGCACCUGCCAGCAUUCAGUGACGUGCAUGUCAGCAUCUGCUUCAGCCCCUGUACCCCACGUGCUGCACAUGGCCUGCAUCUUGUUUCACUCAGAGCCAUUAAACAGCCUUGUAUUGCAGCCCAGAGCACCUGCAUCCCAGUGUUUGCUAUCAAUAAGGCAGUCGCAGCUGGUAUCCUCCAGCCCCAGUGCUGGGAUGACCAGGGGGCAGGACAAUUUUUCUCUGUUCUCUGCCUGUGGAAGUGUUGUCCCCAAAGGGGACAACAGAAGCACACCGCUGGCACCCUCCUCUCCCAGCCAUCGGGUAAACUGAGUCACGUGUAGUGCUUCUUACACAUGUCCCACGCUCCCCACAAGUCUGCUCCAGGUGCAAGACUAAGCCCCUCUCUUCAGCCACGUUAUCCUGUCCAGACAUCCUCAGCGUGCCCUCCAGCUGGAGAACGCUGUUUGCUCGGUGUCGCAGGCCUGAUCAUUGCUGCCUAGGGGCUGAGGACACAAGGUAGAACUUUAGACUUUGCCUUAGCUCAGUCAGCGAUAAACCCUGACCCCUCAAUGUGCCCUGCUUGUGUCAGAGUGGUAGACAGGGCAUGGGAAGCAGCUGCCUCCAGCGGUGCGCAGGGGGACUGGGGACCUUGGACUAUCGUGCAAUUUGCUGCAGGGGCCUGACUUCUGGGAAGCGUGUGACACCAGAGGAGAGGCACAAGAAGCAUGCUUGGCCUGUGAUCAUAUUUCAAAUGGCAGGACUGGGGUUUCUGAAGGGAUUUAUGCUCCUUAGGAAGAUGGGGGGAGGCGGAGGGGAUGCUUUCCAAAGCACCAGACCAUUUAACUGUGUUUGAAAACAGUGAGAGAAGCUCUGCGAAGUUGCACUCUCUGUCCGGGUGUUUAAGCCGCAAGGUGUCUCCAUUAUAAAAUAGGCCCGUGAUCACCUUUAAAGGCAUAUCCAAAAGUGGAGAGAGAGUCUGAUGAAGAAGUACUAAUCAAUGGCAAAUCCUCAUCACAACCAUUUCGGGGCUCCACUACCACCCCCCAGGUGUUCUCCCAGAAAAGCCAGGGGAAGCAGGUAGGAAGUCCCAUCCUCAGGGCUUGGGUUCUCACCUGCCCACAGUGAGAUGGACACCUGACGUUUGAGUGGGUUUCGGGUGUAACGUCAGAGGUUAUGUGAGAUGACAGAGGCCUGGGGCUGCCUGAGAAUCUGCAGACCUGCCACAUGCAGGUGGAAAUCAGUGCCUCUGGCCUCUGCUGCUUUCUGGAAACCCAGGAGCAGCUGAGGAUCUGGCAGGGUUGCUAACCGAAUACCAAAAGGCAGGCACGCUCCGGCAAGGGGUUGGCCAUCUGUGAAUGCCCUGCACUUUCCUCUUCUCCCACCACUUACCAGCAUCACCCGUGCUAAGAGCUGCACUCAAGAGGAGUCUAACGGCCACAACUGGUCCUAGGCAGCCGCGCUUUGUAUUUUUGAAUGCCAGCUUCAGGCAUCAGAGUCACGACCUGGCAUGUUUAUACUGAUUGCUAUUUCAUAGAGCACAAGCUUCGUAUUAUCUGAUUGAGCUGCCACAAGCAGCUACCACUUAUCCCUUACCUUAUCUUGGCUAUCAACUUCCCCAUCUAGCACGGAGGCAGCGGAGAUGCAUCUGCUAGAUCUGGUUCACUGCAAACUUUGCCACAAAUGGGGAGCUGCAGGCAGAAAUAUAAUUGCCGAGAUGAUAUUCAUCAAGAGAGACUUUUCUGAGGACAGACGUUGUGCUAAACCUAA